AUGGUCCAGAUCAGUGAAGUGAAGGGUAACUCGCGCGAGAACAGGACCGCAGCGCAUACACACAUUCGGGGUCUAGGCCUGCGCUCUGAUGGGACUCCAGAGAACAAUGCCGAUGGAUUUGUGGGCCAAGGAGCUGCCCGUGAGGUGAGUUGA